UUAACUGAAGCCGCCAACAGAUGUCGCUCCACGACUGAUCGCCCAGCACCGUGGUGCUACACGACAGACCCCAGUGUGAGAUCAGUACUGCCCGGUGGUCAGCUGUGAGUCCAUGUGUCUGACGACAGCGACAGGUGUCUCGUACAACGGCAACGUGAGACACACGACCACCGGCAGUGCGUGUGUGUCGUGGGGCGACGCUGGCGUCCCCAUUAAACAGGAGACACUCUUCCCUCAGUCGGCACGUUGGACACCGACCUGCAGGAACCCUGGCGAGACGCAGUCCCGACCGUGGUGCUACACAAGGUCAGAUGCCACGACCUAUGGCCAGUGUGACAUACCUGUGUGCGGUGCUGCAGCCACGCCUACCUACAAAUACUGGGCAGUGAACGACACCCACGACUUCCAGGACAUGUCUACUGUAGAGGAAUGCUUUGUGUGGAAUAACUUCUUCGAUGGUCACACAAAUGACGGCAGUUGGUCUGGGGCCAAGACUCCCUUCCGAGUUUCCGGCGUCCCAAGUAAGGAGCAAGUUUGUAGGAAGGGACAGACGUACGUUGCUACGAUUGCAUGCUGGGAAUAUGGCCGCCAUGGAGAGCACAUCAUCAUCCUGGGCAUCGCGGACUGUGUGUCGUGUGGGGACCCGCCUCCUGUAAACAACGCUUAUGUCAUCAACUUUACGUCUCACUACCAAGGCGGCCAGGCGAGGUACGACUGUCUGUCGGGCUUCACGAGGGUUUCGGGGAGCAGAAGAAGCAAGUGCCAGAGAGGUGGGACCUGGACUGUCUCUCGUCUGAACUGCAGCAUUGACUGUGGUCAGCCGCCGCCUGUGGACAACACGACAACGACGUUGACAGGGACGACGGAGAAUCAAGUCGCUGUGUAUACGUGUGCUGCCGGUUUCGUGUCUCUCGCCGGCGACACCCACAGCAUCAUCUGUCUCAGCAACGGAUCCUGGAAACUCCCUGACAUCAACUGUACAGCGCAGCAAGUUUUAGUUAGUCCAACAUCCAUCCAAUCAGUUAACCCAACACUCACCCAAUCAGUUAACCCAACACCCACCCAAUCAGUUAACCCAACACCCACCCAAUCAGUUAACCCAACAUCCAUCCAAUCAGUUAACCCAACACCCACCCAAUCAGUUAACCCAACACCCACCCAAUCAGUUAACCCAACAUCGAUCCAAUCAGUUAACCCAACACCCACCCAAUCAGUUAACCCAACACCCACCCAAUCAGUUAACCCAACAUCGAUCCAAUCAGUUAACCCAACACCCAUCCAAUCAGUUAACCCAACACCCACCCAAUCAGUUAACCCAACAUCCAAUCAAUCAGUUAACCCAACAACUAGCCAAUCCAUUGAUCCGACAUCAAGCCAGUCAGAGUUACGAUCAUCCAUGUCUGCAACAACAGCUUCUAAACCACUGUCAUCGGCGCCCCUGUACACAACAUCCGCCACCACGGCGACACAUACGACUUCGACAGCUGCAGUUACUGUGGAUAAGUAUGGACGAACGCGCCGGAUGACGUGUGUCUGUCGAUGUGUGGACUUCCGGCGACGGAACCUGACGCUGGAGCAGCGACUGGCGGACCUCCACGUGGGGGUUGAGAGGGGGACCCUGUAUAUCCGCCGACUUGAGAAGACGAGUGCAGCAGACCACCGGGUGUCCUCCAUGAGUGUGGGACUCAUGGGAAUACUCCUGAUGGUAUUCAUGUUCGGGGCGAUGCUCAUUCCCGAUAUGCUAAGCCUGGUGCGAGGUGGACUUAAUCGAAGUGAUUGAUACAAGUGCCAACGGUUGUUAACUGUCAAUAGGAUAAAGUCUACAUUUGUCGUGGGGCACAAGGUGUUCCUUGUCGCUGAAGGGUUGUGGGGUGGGGACUUGCAGCAAACAACUUAAUAGUUGUGGGUUUUACUAUUUUACCGUUGUUUUGUUGAAUUUGUUCUAACUUUUUCUAUACAAUGUUGGUACGGAACUCUUGACGUUAAAUGUAAAUCUUAUCUUCAUAGAAUUGUUUCACUGGCUAGCAAAAUGUCAGGUGCUAAAGUGGAUGAUAAACCACUCCAGAAGGAUUAAUUCCUGAAGAUGACCUCUUACCAUCCGAUACUCAGUGCCACGUUUUAAAACUAAUAGAUUUAGAAACUCUUUUGAACCAUCUAGUAUUAGGCUCCUAAAUGAUUGCUAGAUUUUGUUUUACCUCCGCGUUCUAUGUACAUGUAUGUGUCAUGUUUCUUAUUGUAUUCUAUAGCGCACUUUCAAAUGUAAAAAAGAAUUCCCUCCUGUGGGUAAUAAAGUAUUGUCAUUGUCAA